ACCGCGGCCGGGGGGGGGGGAAGCGAGCCCCCCACGGGCCUCCGCUGCACGGCGUGCACGCGCAGCGCGGCCCCCCCGACGUGCACCCCCCCUUUGCGCACCCCCGCUGCAGGGAGCGCUGCAGCAGCGAGGCACAACUCCAGGUGCACGAAGAGCGAGCGCGGUGCAGUUUGCAUCUUUGUGUGCAAAAGUGGCUCCAGAGGAGGGGCGAGGCAAAGUCUUUUGUGCUGCCCAUCUGUGCCCCCCCGCCCCCUGCAAAGCACAAGGGGGGGGAAACAUGUCUCAGCCCAGAGGCAAGAAGAGAAACCCUGGGCUGAAAAUUCCUAAGGAAGCAUUCGAGCAACCACAGACAAGCUCCACGCCACCCAGAGAUCUGGACUCCAAAGCUUGCAUCUCUAUUGGUGAGGAGAACUUUGAGGUGAAAGCCGAUGACCUGGAGCCCAUCUCCGAGCUGGGACGAGGUGCGUACGGGGUGGUGGAGAAGAUGCGGCACAUGCCGAGCGGGCAGAUCAUGGCAGUGAAGCGGAUCCGAGCCACAGUGAACAGCCAGGAGCAGAAGAGGUUGUUGAUGGAUCUGGAUAUCUCCAUGAGGACGGUAGAUUGCCCCUUCACUGUCACCUUUUAUGGGGCGCUUUUCCGAGAGGGAGAUGUGUGGAUCUGCAUGGAGCUGAUGGAUACCUCACUGGACAAAUUCUACAAGCACGUCAUUGACAAAGGCCUGACGAUUCCUGAGGACAUCCUGGGGAAAAUAGCUGUCUCUAUCGUAAAAGCACUAGAACAUCUACACAGUAAGCUCUCCGUGAUCCACAGAGAUGUAAAGCCCUCUAACGUGUUGAUCAAUACGCAGGGGCAGGUGAAAAUGUGCGAUUUUGGCAUUAGCGGUUACCUCGUAGACUCGGUUGCUAAAACCAUGGAUGCAGGAUGCAAACCCUACAUGGCUCCUGAAAGAAUUAACCCGGAGCUGAACCAGAAGGGGUACAGCGUCAAAUCUGAUAUCUGGAGCCUGGGGAUCACAAUGAUCGAGCUGGCCAUCCUGCGCUUUCCCUAUGACUCCUGGGGGACACCAUUCCAGCAGCUGAAGCAGGUGGUGGAGGAGCCAUCCCCACAGCUCCCGGCGGACAAGUUCUCAGCGGAGUUCGUCGAUUUUACCUCGCAAUGCUUGAAGAAGAAUUCCAAAGAGCGGCCAACAUACCCAGAGCUUAUGCAACAUCCUUUCUUCACCCUGCACGAAUCCAAAGAGACAGACGUCGCCUCUUUUGUCAAACUCAUCCUGGGAGACUGAGAACUGGACUUGUACAUGAAUUGCCCUUCUGUGGACUGGUGGGUGCAGGGGAGGGGCGCGUGGCAGGACCUGUCAUGGGAGCACCAACAGAGAGCCGCCGUGUUUCGCUGUGUGUUGUUUGUAUGCUGAGAAACCCCCCCUGCCUCGCUGAAGUUUUUCAAAGGGUUCUUUGGUAUCCAUAGUGACAUAGAAGGAGCUGGGUAGGGACGUGCAUUGUAAGGAGGAUGGAAACCUUCAAACAGCAAAAAACCCCAAACCCCCAUGUUCAAGAGUGAUUUACAUAUUUAAUGACAGUCACAGUCCCUAACUUCCUCCUCGUCCCCUUCCCCCCCGAACCAGAAUUUGCUUUGUCAUGGUAAUAGGUGCUAUGGUAGUCAUGAAGUUGUAUUUAGAUUUAUAUUUUGUCCCUUCCAUUGUUUUAAUAUUUAUGUUCAGUGCUUGAUGGAA